CGCACAGUGGUCAGCCGGUGGUCGUAAAGUCUAGUGCACCUCGGAUGUGUUCCUGUGUGAAGUGCGUUUUGUUAAGACACAGUGAAGAUGGGUGACGGUAUGAGCCAGCGACCUCUCAAGGUAACAGUGGUGGGGGACGGCACUGUGGGCAAGACCUGUCUCCUCAUCUCCUAUACCACUGGAGAAUUUCCCGAGGAGUAUGUACCAACAGUUUUUGACAACUAUGCAGGAACUCAUACUGUGGAGGAGCGAACCUAUUCUAUGAUGUUGUGGGACACUGCUGGCCAAGAAGAGUAUGAACGACUUCGUCCUCUCUCAUAUCCUGGGACAAAUGUAUUCAUCGUGUGCUUCGCUCUUGAUAACCGUGCUAGUUUUGAGAAUGUUACGUCAAAAUGGUUGCCAGAACUCCAGCAACACUGCCCUAAAGUACCUGUAGUUCUUGUUGGUACCAAAAAAGAUGUUAGGAACCUGACUGUUCUUAAUCCACGAGAUGGAAAGAAGCUUAUUAAGAAAGCUCGCCUCUCCAAAUAUGUAGAGUGUUCUGCUAAGACACAGGAAGGAGUGCAAGAAGUCUUUACCUCAGCAAUAAUGGCAGCCGUUGGUUUAGCACCGAGGCAUCGACCGUGUGUUAUCAUGUAGUACUUGGCAUAUGACCUGGUAAUUUACUAAUAUGCAAUUCACUUAAAAUGUCUGUAUUCAGCAGGUUAUCAUUAGGGGAUAAUUUAUUUAUGGGUUAGCAACUAAAUAUGUAUCUUUUAUCUGUACUGUACAGUACCUUCCUUAUUAAAAGAAAUUUUGUCAAUAGAGUGCAGAGCAGCCCCUCAUCCAAUACUUAAAUCAUAAAGUUGGUGAACAACAAAUUCCACUGCCAGAGUACCGAAUAUAUCUACAGAGCAUCCUAAAUGAUUUUUCAUGUGAUGUAUAUUUCCAUUUUCUAUCUCAUUCACAAACUUGCUUUUUUCUUCAAUUCAUUUGCCAUAUCAUAAUCCUGCUAAAAUCUACAGUCUUUUUCUUGCCAGAGCUCAUUCACCACAUAUCAUCUUUUACAUGGUCUACCCAUUACACACCAGUAUUAUGUACCUAUAUCAUUCACUCCUUAAGGAUUUAUUUCACUUGAACAUAGUAUUGGAAUGCGCUUUUCUCCAUUCUCUUUAGUUAUGUUUUGUGCCCUACCUAACAUUUUCACACUCUUAUAAUUCCGGUUAUAUUUUGUAAAAUAUCCAUUUGUACUUCUCAGAGUUUUUACUUGUUGCUGUUCAGGCAGACUAGUUGUGUAAUCAUACUGUAUAUAAUCCUGGAGAUUAAUAUUAAAUUUUUGUGUAAACUGAUUUUACAUUUAGCAUGUUACCACUCACAAAGGCAAGCAAAUUGUUUCCAGCUUCCUAUUGCCAUCAUUAUACAUUUCCUCUUCUGAGUCAGCUAAAAAAAAAAACUAUGUAUGUAACAAAGUUAUAUAAAAUUAUCACAUUAAUUUCAUGUGAUAGGGAUUCCUUAUUAUAUAGAAUAUGUAGUUUAUAAUUUUUUCAAUGUGUUGUGUGGAGUAAUAAUGCCAGUUUUAAUUCAAAAUUAACACUCCAAACAGUAUUAAGUUCACCAAUUUUUAAAAUUAUAAACUCACAUGUUGCAAUUUAUGAGAAAUGACAGGAUGAAUUACAUAGUAUAUAAUGCUAAUGAAUAUACACAAAAAAUUAAACAUACUGUAGAUUUAGACCUACAGCCGAGGUCCUCUUCAGCAGUCUUCUGAAGUAGACAUUCGUGUGAGGCUGAAAUACUGUAUGCAGUACUACUACUCUGUUUUAUUAUCUCCAUGUGGGUUUACUAGUACUUGGAUAGAUAGUAAUGUAUGUGUUAUACAAAAGAUAUGAAUAUUGGCAUUGAGUGGAUUUGUGUUCCUUCACAAAGACUUAGCAACUUUUUAAGGUAGUUUUAAAUGUCUGGGAAAGGUUCUACCUUUGGCAACCUGUUAGAAGAUGGGAGAAAUUCCCAAAAGGAACACAGCAUCAAAGGCAGUGUGUGGAUGAGGCAUUGCCAGCAGCAAGAAAAAAUUAAUGUUGGAGCUUUGAUAAACAAUGCCUUAAAAUUUGAUUUUAAUUUUGUCAAUUACAUUUUUAGCAUAUAUAAAGACAUUUUUUUUUUUUACCAUAAUUAAGAUGCUGUUUGCAAGUAUUGUUAGCACUGCCUUGAAUAUUUUGCUAUGAUGUGAGAUGGAUUAUGUUAAUUGGUAUAGUAAAACAUUUUCCAAUGGCAAGACCAGUAUCUCUUUGUUUAUUUGUUGCAUUUAUUUUCCAGUUAGGUAGAUAAAUUAUUGAUAGUAAGCUGUGAUAUACUAUAUAAACUUUUCCUUAUAGCAAUAACAUCACUUUUCCAUAUAACACAUAAUUGAAUUGCAUCUUGAAUUUUACAAUGAAAGGAAAGUUGAUGUUUAAUGUUAUGUUUAGGAUGAUACUUUACAAUGCUGAAUAGAGUGCUUGUAGUAAUGUGCUCUGCAUAUCCUGUUUGCAAUUAGGUAAGUUUGAAAUACAGUACUGUAUUGUAUAAUCAAAUCCUUGAAAAGCACAGAAAACUGUUAAAAUGUCAGCACAAAUUUUUUUAGAGUACAGCAAGGCAGCCAACUUUAGUGUCUCAGAUUUUUGUUUUGUGAACAUUCAAAUAUUGUUCAAACUUAUGAACCUCUGAAUUGGCACUUUAAAUCCAAUCAGUUUCUUAGGAAUGUCAGGCUGCAGUUACAAAUGGUGCAAUCAUUUAAAAUAAAUUUAUUUUUUUCUGUUUUUUUUAUGGCACCUGGAAGCAACAAGAGCAACCUCAUAAGAAUGAAAGAACGUAAGAAUCAACUUCACUUUCUACGUGACUCUUGUGCCUUCACAGUUAUUUUUUAAUACUCAUAUUUUGGAUACCUUCAUUUUAUGCACAUGGAGAGCUUUGUAGAGAUUGGUCAAGAACUGCACAUUUAAUAAUUAAGAUUUUGUUAAAGCUGAACUAUAAAUAUCAUCUUUAUUGUUGUACACCACAUAGUAUGUAUUGUUAUUUUAUGUACAUUAUGUUCAUUUUAUGCAUAUGUAAUGGGUUCACAUUUAUUUAGCAAAGACUGGCAAAGAACUGUAGAUUUAAUAAUUAAAUUGGUAUGGUGGGCCCCUCAGAUAGUAGCUCAGCCUCGUUCUGUACAUUAUCAGUGGUUGAAGCAUGGCAGCUCAUCUUGCUUAUACCAUAACCCCUCGCCUGUCAACUAGAAUUUGGGCAUGUAAUUACCCUCAUUAACUUCACUAUAAUAGUGAGAGGGUGGAGAGCAUUUCUAAAGAGAUUUAGCUAGAAAUUGAUGGGAGAAAGAAAAGUUAAAAAAUAGGAGUAGAAAUGAGGGGCAAAAGGAAGAGAAGGAGGGUCCCCUCUAAAUACUGUAAAUUGUUUUUAAUUUCAUUGAUAAAAAAUAAAUGAAAUUAGAUAUGGAAUGUUAUGAUUCAGGAACAGAUCUCUAUUAAUAUGGGUGUCUGUGGGGAAUUACGAAAGAUUUCCAGGAACGUAUCUCGUAAGUAAUUGGAGGUUGUACUGUACUUCGUUAAUUCACAAAAGUAUAUCGGUAAAUAAGAAUUUUUUUUAUAAAUCUAUUAUUGUAGUACAGCUUGAUUGAUUGACUCUGAAUAAAAAAAACUUUGUAUACAAUUGGUGGCCAAAACAUUGAUCACAAUCUACCAAUAGAUUGCUGAGCAAUUUCUGGUAUACAGUGGUACCUUGACUUACGAGUUUAAUUCGUUCCAUGACUGAGCUCGUAACUCAAUUUGCUCGUAUAUCAAAUCAAUUUUCCUCGUUGAAAUUAAUUGCAAUGCCAUUAAUCUGUUCCAGCCCCCCCAAAACCACCCCAGGGGCAGGAGAAAAUACUUAAUAUAACGCUAAUAUCAACUCUACGGCUUAUUUAUCUAUCAGAAUUUAUCAAAUAUGACAUAAUAAACACUAUAAAUAACAUAGAAACAUGAUGUAUACUCUGGAAUGCAUAAAAUAGGCCAUAAUAUUGGAAGUGUCCAAGACCAGUCUGAGCAUAUAUAAAAUUAUUACUGCUCCUUCCUAUAAUGUGUUCUUUGGUCCUGGGUAACAGAAAAUGGAGUUUUUGGGAGGCUAACUGCAUUAGCUCACUAAUGCUGCGAUAUGCAGUGGUACCUCGAGUUUCAAACUGCUCCCAACUCGAACAAUUAUGUAAGCGUACUUUUGUAAGUGUAUUUUUGGGGGUCUGAAACGGAUUAAUCUAAUUUACAUUAUUCCGUAUAGGAACAAAUUUGUUCAGUAUCAGCACUCGAACAGCCUUCUGGAACGAAUUAAGUUCGUAAAUCGAGGUACCACUGUAUGUAUGAAUAUCUCGGAAGUAAGUUAUUGACUUAUUUCAUGAGGCCCACCAUUUACUAUUGAAGUAAAUGCAAUAAUAUUAACAGGAAUCAUAAAAAAAUUAUUGUUCUACAAUUGGCUUGUGGAAUAUUGGAAAUAUUCCAGAUAUUUUGGGAUUUGCGUGGGAGUAAAGGGCAAGAUAUUUUGCAAUGUCAAAAACUUACCAACUUUAUUUUUUUGUAGAAUAACUAAAGAUAAUUACAUGAUUGCCUCCAGUGAGAACAUUGCACUAGCAUUGUUUUAUAAGUACCAAGUCCUAAAACCACCUUUCAUUGUGCCAUUAGGCCGGGGUUUUUGUCAAAUGUCAUUUUCAGUAAGUUUUUUUUCAGUAAUUAUUUUUUUUUUCACUCGUAACUCAGAUUUUGGCUCUCAACUCAAACCAAAAAAUCAACCAAGCAAUGGCUCGUAACUCAGAAAACUCAUAGGUUGGGGCACUCAUAAGUCAAGGUACCACUGUAUUGAACAUUAAAAAAUACUCUUGAGGAAUUAGAGUGGGCAGGGACAGGAUGUUUGAGAGGAAGGAAAAGGGUACUAGGGGGGCAAAGCUGGAAGUUAGACACAAAUUAAGCCACAGGGAUGUCAGGAAUUAUUUCUUCAGUCUCAGGGUGGUCAAGAGGUGGAAUGAUCUUAAUGAGGAAGUGGUGGAGACAGGCUCCAUACAUAGUUCAAGUAGGUACACUAGGACUCAAGAGGCUAGGAGAGAGUGACUGGUAAGUGGUAAGUUGAGGGGCAGGAAAACGAGUUAACCCUUUCACUGUCAGUCCCGUUAUAUCACAACUUUGAAGCCUCUGUCGGUCCUUAAUAUGAUGCCAUGAGCUCAGCUCGUUCAGAUAAGCUGUGAGCGGUAAAUUUGGGCCUAGAUAUGGGAGAAUGGGUCUAUAUGGUAAGUGUGCACCACAUAAAAAAUAUCGUGCAGCACACACUGCGUAAUGAGAAAAAACUGCAACCAUGUUUUUGGUUUAAAACAGCGACUUUGCGGUGUAUUUUUGUAUGGUUUUUAUGGUUGUAUUCUCAUUGUCUUGGUCUCAUUUGAUAGAAUGGGAGCUAUAUUACAGAAAUAGCGAUGAUUUUGGUUGGUUUCUGGAUUGAAAGUAGCUUGAAAUUGAGCUGAAAUGAGUAGAAAUGUUCAAUUUUUGUCAGUGUUCAAGUAAACAAAUCAUGUGACACGACCAGUACAAGUCAGCUGAUGGGUCUUAUAUCUAUUAACAAAUAUGCUGAUAUUAUUUAUAUAAUUAUUACAAUACUGCAGUAGUCUGCAUAACAGGAAAUCUUCUAUUUUUUAUGUGAAUAAAAAUUCAGAACGGAAAGCAAGUGCAAUGUAAGAGGGACCUGGAGACAUGACGAAUGACCAGAGAAAAUGUUAUCUUAUUCUGGACCCUAUUUUGAAAUUGCCUUUUUCUGAAUUUUGUAUGAAAUUUACCAAAUUAACAAUUUCUGAUCACUUUAUUAAGUAGUUGAAAUAAGUAAAUGGGCAGUUUCUUGUACACAGUUGAUAGAAAAAAGGAGUACAUGUACCAGCAAAAUAGCUAUGAGUUUGGUUGACUUGAACAAUGGAAUUGGCCCAAAAUAGUGCUCAAAGUGGGCAAAAUCGCCAAUGUGUAAAUGUCACCGCGACCACUAACCUAGCUAGAGCAUAAUUCUAUAAGUUUUCCAUCAAAUUUCGUAAUAUUGGGUUCAUUACUUUUGGUAAAAGAUUCCUUAUUUCAUAAUUUUUUUAUUUUUAAUUCUUCGACCCUGAGAGCAAGUUUGCAAGCAGGGGUCACGACACUGCAAGGGGUUAAGACUCUACCCAUGCCACCACAAAUAGGUGAGUACCCACACAUUUUAACACACUGGUCAUCUCCCACUGAAGUAGGGUGACCCUAAAAAGAAAAAAAAAAGGAGAGGAAACAUAUUCACCACCAUUCAUUCAAGUCUUGCUGCAUUGUACAAAUAUCACGAUUUAUAUAUGGAUCACAUAGGAGGAGCUUUAGAAAAAGUAGGUCCUGUCUUGAUUGAGCUUUCCUGGUAUAUAGUAUCCUAUUUCUGAGUUUUAAGAUAAAAAUAUUUAGCUGGCUCACUCAAACCUGUCAUCAGAUGCUGAUGGCUCACUCAAGAAACUGACCAUCAAAUGCUAAUGGUGUUAGUGUUUGGAGUAUGUACUCUACCCAAAACAUCUACCACAUUUUCAUAGGUUGGAGAUCCACUAGGAAACCUCAGGUAGCAAUUAUAUACUGUAUCUCAUCCAGAUAAACUUUCACAAUUAGAUAUGCUAAUCACUGCAUUUUCAGGACAAAUUUGUAUUAUUACAACUUUACCCAUUGUAACAUGCCAGGUUUUCUCAUAAAAGUGAUGACACUACAUUCUGUGCAAUAUUUUGUUGCUGUUUAUUGAGUUCAAUCUUUAAGUUUAAAUUAGUCAUAAGUUCAACUGAUGUUUCAAAACUAAUGCCAUGUGGUAUAUGUAAGUGUAGAAUUUCUUUAGUUGUGAAUGAACAAUGAUUUUUGUACAACUAAUUUUGCAUAUAUUAUUGCUGUAUUAUAUUCAUGGAAAGUGUUAACCUUAUAAGGGUUAGUUUUUCAUGGCUCUUUGAUGUACAGUGGUACCCCAAGUUUUGUACAGCUCCCAACUCAAACAAUUAUGUAAGUGUUCUAUUGUAAGUGCUUUUGUAAGUGUAUUUUUGGGGGUCUGAAAUCGACUAAUCUAACUUACAUUAUUCCUCAUGGGAACAAAUUCGUUUGGUAACGGCCUCGAACAGCCUUCUGAAACGAAUUGUGGCCGAAACUCUGGGUACCACUGUACUACUGUACUUCGUAAAUUACUCUGCCUUUUCAUAUAUGUUAAAGGGUAAAUAUUAUAUUGUCAGAGAUAUAUAUGUUGUACUGAAUUCAGUUUUUAUUAAAAGGUAUUUGUUAUAUACUGUUGCCCAUUGUGCAGAAUAACUUUCAUGAAUUACAAUACUAUUUGUGAAUUAUGUAUAAGUAAAAAUCUAAAUUAAUUUACAUUGCACACAAGUUUCUUCAAGCAAGAGAUUCAUGAAAAUUUAUUCUGUGUUGAUUAAAGAAGCAUAUUGAAUUAUACAACAGAUAUAAUUCUUAUUCUGUACCUCAAGUCACUACUGAAUUUACUUGGUAGUUAACCCUUUCAGGGUCCGUCCCGUAGAUCUACGGCUUUAUGUUCAGGGUCCAAACCGUAGAUCUACGCCAUGAGCUCAGCUCACUCUGAUAAACUGUGAGUGGUACAUUUGGGCCUAGAUAUGAGAGAAUACAUCUAUGUGGUAUGUGUGCACCACAUAAAACAGAUCCUGCAGCACACUGUGUAUAAUGAGAGAAAAAAAAUGAAAUCAUGAUUUUUCGAUUAAAACAGCAACUUUGCAGUGUUUUUUCGUAUGUUUUUUAUAGUUGUAUUUGCGAUUUCUUGGUCUCAUUUGAUAGAAUGGAAGACAUAUUACAGAAAUAGAGAUGAUUUUGAUUGGUUUUAGCACUGGAAAUGGCUUGAAACUGAGCUCAAAGUAGCAGAAAUGUUAAAUUUUUGCCGAUAUUCAAGAGUAAACAAACGACCUCACACGUCUAAUACACAUCGGCUGGUGGGUCUAAUAUACAUUCACAAAUAUGGUGAUGAUAUUUAUACAAUUAUUACAGUAUUGCAUAAUAGUAAAUCUUCUAUUUUUUGGUGUGAAUAAAAAUUCAUUAUGUGAAUAAAAAAUCAAAAUGGAAUUUAUUUGUAAAGCCUCAAAACAUAACUAAUGAACAGAGGAAAUGUUAGUUUAGUGCCAGGAAUGCCUACAUUGUUCAUUCUGGACCCUAUUUUGAAAUUGGAAUAUUUAGAACUUUGUGUUAAAUUGGCCAAAUUAACAAUUUCCGAUCAUUUUAUUUUGUAGUUGAAACAGUUGACUUGGCGAUUUCUUGUGCUCAAUCGAUAGAAUAGAAGUAAUACUAGUGAAAUAGCUAAGAAUUUGGUUGACUGGAAUAAUGUAAUUGGCCUAAAAUGGGAGUCAAAGUCGGCAAAAUCGCCGAUUCGUAAAUGUCGCUGACACAUCAAAAUUCGCGAGAGCAUAAUUUCGUCAAUUUUCCACCAAAUUUCGUACUUUUUGUUUUAUUACGUUCACAAAAAGAUUCUCUACGAUUUCAUAAGAAAAAAUAACAAAUUUUUUUUUUGAAAAUUCUUGGACACUGGUGCGUGACUCCAGAUUUGGGCCUUGGACCCUGAAAGGGUUAAACAGAUUUGACUAUAAGUAUAAACAAUAGGCUUUGGAAUUCUCCCUCAUUUAGAAAAUAAAAUGUCAGUAUCAGAAUAUAUAAAAAAAUCUUACUUUUAAUUAGAGGAAUCUUCAUAAUUUUGAAAUUUGAAAUAAAAUAAGAAUGCUUUUCAUAUUUUUGAGGUCAAAAUUUUCUUGAAAAAAAAAAAAAAAGUAAAAAUUGCUUUCCAUUAUUCAGAAUUUUCAGUAAUUCCCACAAAUUACAGGAGUUAGAGAGAAAUAACUGUUUAGUGUUCUCAUAUAACCAUAACAUGUUUUGUACACUUUUAUUCAGUAUGCUUAACAGAUGUUACAUAUUCAUAAGAAGCGAGAGAAAGCUUUUAUUUUUGUAAAUAACUAAUAUAUAUGGCCUAAAGAAUUAUGUCUGUCUUUUUGCUAUAUGUGCAGGAGAGGAUUUACUCUUGAUAUAAUGAAUGCAUGUGGAUUCAUUUAUGUAAUUCUCAUUCUCUAUCUCUCUCUCUCACUCUCACUUUUGCGCUCUCUUGUACAGACACCAGUAUGGAGAUUUUGGAGAACCAGUAACAGGGAGAACAAGAGGACACAAUUCAAAAUUGCUAAACUGAGAUACACUUGCAAGACUCGGACUCAAAGUUUGUUGCAAGGAAUUGUGGCUUUUGAUUUCUCAUAUCCUCUAAUAUUUUGCACUCAGUGGCUGUGGUCACACCUUCAGUAGGCACAAAAGGGUUUAUGGGUCUUCUGGUCAUGCUGGAGUUCAGAUUAUUAAUGUGUUAAAUUCACAAGGAACUGGAAAAAGACACUUAUGUACAGUUCAGGACAUUUAUUAAAGGAAACGUUUAGCCACGAGCGGCUUCUUCAGUCCUAAUACGAACUGAACAUAAGUGUCUUUUUCCACAUCUUGUCGGUAUCACCAUACCAUUUCCUCACAAGGAACUGCUGAACUUGUGACUCAUAACAGCAGCUAGAGAUCAGAGAAAUGAACUUGUGGAUUCUUUUCUUCCACUGUUCAGGACCUUUUAAUCUUUCACAGGUACCAAACUAACUCAUACAAGAUCCCUGGUGGAAUCGUGGUCUGCCUAUCCUUCCCUCCUCACCAAGAAGCCUGCCUGUCUGCUUCAUUUACAGUAGUGUUUGCUGGCAUCUAAACACCCAUGAAGGAGGCAGUUGGCAGUGUAAUACCUGUGUCAUGGCUGACAUAAUGCUGGUGAGGGGCUCUUGAGCUAGGGAAUUGGAUCUGUGCUCCAGUUCCCUGAAUUGAGCCUGAAUACCUUCCCCCCCCCCACCCAUGUGUGCUAUAUAAUCCUAUGGGUUUAGCACUCCCCCAUGAUUAUAAUAAUAAUAUAUUCAUUGUGUCCCAUCUUUAGUUUACAAUCCUUGUUAACAGUUGUUGCAAACAAUGUGCUCUUCCAGGAGCUACGUCAGUAACUACGUAUUUGUAUGUAUCAGAAAGAGUCCUAUCUUUUAUACAUGGCCUUUUAUGUAAUUUAAUGUUGUAUCCACUUGUCUUCUUUGUUGCAAGGUUUAAAAAAAUAAUCACUAAUUUCAAGGCUUUUAAUCUUCAUAAUUUGUAUUUCUUUUUUCUGAAAUUCAUUUUAUUGAAUGCUUUGGAUUUUUUGUACCUUAUGUAUAUUUUUAAAUACAGGAAUGCACUUCAUCUGCAUAUUCAGAUUUUAUGCUAAUAUAAAUUUUGAACAAUUUAACAUAUAUAUGAGGCAUUGCAGAUAAUAAUGCUGAAGUUAACAUCAGUACUAUGGUAAAAGAAGAAAUGGAUUAAAAAAUAGUUAAGCAUAUACAACAAAAAAAAAAAAAAUUGUAUAAAUGUUUUAAACUUUUUUACUGUACAGUAAGUGUCAUAAAUAUGUAUGUGCAUUAAUCUUUUCUCAGAUUAUUUGCUGGUAGUUUUCAGAAGUGCCAGGGCAACUUUUGUAUGGAAGAUGGUGCCCCUUGUUAUACUGCAUAAAACAAAGAAUUGGCUAAAUGAUUGUGAUUUACCAUACUUUAAUGACUGGCCUGGAAGUUCAAGGGACUUUUGACAGAGAACGUUUGGAACCACAUUAAAUGUAUUCUUUCUGGCAUGGACAUGUCCUCUAACCCCAAAAUCUUGAGUGCCAGUAAGCAAGUGUGGAAGGAUGUUGACUUCUAUCCUCCAUAUGUUAGCCUUAUCAGUGCCUAAGACUUAAGGAGUACAUCAAGCAGAAGGGUAAUCCUAAAAAAUACUAAUAUAGGUGAGGAACCCAUACAUAUUCCAGUAUUAAUUUCUAAAACUAUUAUUUAUGGUGAGAGGUUUUGUUUUGUGUGAGAUCUGUUUUUGUGUGUACAUGUUUAUGAUGCCUACUGUAGAUAUUAUGCUUACUCUUCAGUGCUUCAUAUCCAUCCAUAUACUUAAAGGUUAUCUUAGUCAAUGUGGCAUAUAAAUAUUUUAUAGUUGUAUUUAUGUGGACUAAUUUUUUUUUUAAAAUAAUCAUUCGAAGAUCCUUCACUUUUUCAGGUAUUCUUAUGAAUUCAUAUGACAUUUUUCUACAUUGAAUUCAGCCAUCUAAUUUCCCCUUUAUGUAACUAUAUUAUUUAAAUUGUGUUAGAUUUUUAAUGCUAAUUUAUUUUCUAUUUGUUAAAAUUUUUCUAUCUGCAAAUACUGUAGUUGUAUAUACAGUGGACCCCCGCUUAACGAUCACCUCCAAAUGCGACCAAUUAUGUAAGUGUAUUUAUGUAAGUGCGUUUGUAUGUGUAUGUUUGGGGGUCUGAAAUGGACUAAUCUACUUCACAAUAUUCCUUAUGGGAAAAAAUUCGGUCAGUACUGGCACCUGAACAUACUACUGGAAUGAAAAAAGUUCGUUAACCGGGGGUCCACUGUAUAUAUUUCUUGUUGCCACUAGUAAAUCAUUUAUAUCAGUUACAACCCUCAAAACAAGCACUGAUCCUUGGGGCACCCCAUAUUCUGUAUUACCCAUUUUCCCCUCUAUCACUGCAGUAUUCUUUCAAGCAGAAAAAGUUCCAACUCAUUUGUUUUUCAUAUUCUCUCAUAAUUUCUAUCCCUGCUUUGCCAUGCUUUUUUUGUUCACUAUUUCACUCUCUCAUUCUCAUGCAUUCUUUGAUAAUCAGUUUCUCUUUCUCCUCCCCCCAUCCCCCAUUUCUUAUUCAUCCUGUCUCCCUUCACUUCUCUCUACUCCCUCAUUAUAAGCUACACCUUUCUCAAUUCUCCUUUUUAUUCUAUCACAUACUCAUCCUAUUUCUCACACAUGCUUUCAUUUUCAUUCCUCCCCUCUCAUACACUAAUUUUCUCUACAUCUUAUUUUCUUCCUCACACACUUUCAUUUCUCAUUCUCUCAUCACUCAUUCAGUAGCUGUCUUGCCAGAAGUUUACAGAUAUCACAGUUCAGAUACCCCUACAAACUGCAGAAUUUCCACCCCUCAGAGUGCAGGCACUACACUUCCUGCCUCCAAGAGUCAAGUCCAGCUAACUGGUUUCCCUAAAUCUCUUUGUAAAUGCUACCAGGUUGUUGUGAAUGUUACCUUGCAUACACCUCAAGAACACAAGCCAUAAAAAUCACUUAUCUUUACUCCAAACUAGCACACUCGCACAAGCCUCUGUUGGACGCCCAAGCCCCUGGCAUGCAAAACCUGUAAUUAUCCUUCCUGUAAUUAUCCCCUAUCCUUCCUUCCGUCCAUUCUAGAUUAUACUCUCUUUGUGUACAAAUCUUUUAUUUUGUCUCGCCACUUCUCUCUCAUUUUUUUAUGUUAUGUUCUUCCCAAAACUAAUAGAUGUAGCAUUUAUACUGUUUCUCAAAGUGAACAUUGCUUGUUAUUUGUUGAACAUAUAAAAUUCUUAGCUGUAUAAAAUUUCAAAAUUUGUUUAAAUCAGAGGAAAAGGCUGUUAAAAUGAUUUAUUUACACUGGAAGUAGAAUGAAAUGUAUUCAACUAAAUACGAGUUUAGCAGGAGUUUAUAUCUGUGUGGUGCAUAUUGUAAUAUCUUAACUAAAUUCUGCAUACUGUAUAUUGCUACACAAUUAUUUUCUUUUUGUAUGUUGAGGUAUCUUAAGUAUACUUAUACUAAUUGUUACUUAUGCUAAGUGAUACAAAAGCUAUAACAUGAGACAGUUAAAAUAUAGAAAAGGGGAUAACCUUUUAAAAAAAUAAUUUCUGUAUAUUAGUAGGCUUAAGAUGGAAUAGAUUUAAUUAUCUAUAUAUAUUUGCAAUGUAUAAAUUAAGAAAAGUAAUAUUUAUUAAAAUGCUUCACAGUUGUAUUCUAUGACUGGGAUACAGGUUCCUCUUGCUUUAUGCAAUAGUUGAAUUCCCAGCCCAUGGUAUGUAAAGCAAAUUUGCAUAACAUGAACAUGUGAUAAUGUAAAACAGAGAUUUGCUCUUGAGCCUCUGCAAAUUCCAAUUUUUUUUUAAUGUUUACCUAAACAUGUACCAAAUUGUCACACUAAAUAAAGAGAUGAACUGCAGUCAUACUCCCUAAAGAGUACAUUACCUAUUUUUACCAUUACUAUUACUUUUCUUGCCUAUAUAUUGGCCACACAUUUUGCUCGUGGACAUCUCUUGGAAAAAUGCCUGGCACCACUCUGUCAGAUCCAGUUGUCGGUUCACCAUAUUGUAAUAUAUUUUCCUGUAUCAGUGGCCAUAUAGAAUUCACUUCCGAUAUCUCCACUGCUUCCACACACUUGCCAAAGUCCCACCUAUGAUGCUGACUCACCCUGAAUUUUAACAGAAACUUAUUGCACCAUCUUUGAUUUAUUUUACUUAUUUUGCACUCAUCACUAACCCUUAGCCUUGCAUGUUCCUAACCUCUGCAUAUUUUUUUUUUUUAACAGAUCCCAUCUUGCAGUGCUGUAUGAUCCUUUGGGGUCUAGCACUUAGUUUGAUAUUAUAUUCAUUGGGGAGUGCUAAAACCAGUAGGAGUUAUAUAGCACCUGGGGGGAAUUGGAGGUAUUCAGGUUUGAUCCAAGAAGAGAAGGCCAGCUCCAGUUCCUUGGCUGAAGAAACCCCCAACUGGCAUUAAGGAACCUCAGUUUUUUUUUUUUUUUUUUUUUUUUUUUUUUUUUUUUUGCAAAAAAUUAUUAGCACAUAUACAGUAUAGACAGGCACCCAACAGCCAUACACAAAAAUGCAAGUUGUAAAAGAAAAUUCAGUCCUUCUCCCUUUCACUCUACCUCCACAAGCCAACCAGCCUAUCUUUACCUGGAUUGAUGUAUAUGUUAUGAAUUUGUGAAUGCAUGUCUCCCUGUCUCUUCCUCCUACCCCUAUUCUUAACUUUGGCUUGGUAUCCAUGUUCUUUAUACUUAGCACAAGACAGUAAAUUGAAAAUAAGAUUUCAUAUAAAAUAUGUUCAUUGGAUCUAUUUUCUUUUAUGCUUUCUUAUGAAUGUAACCUCUCAAGGGUAGUUGGUUCCUUGAAGCCAGUGAGGGGCUCUUAAUCCAAAAAAUUGGACUUGCUCUCUUUGUUGAAUUGAACCUGAAUGUCCUUCAUUCCCUGGGCACUGUAUGACCCCUACAGGUUUAGCACUUCCUAUAUAUAACGAAAAUAUAAACCAGUUUUACAGUGGUAGUUAAAUUUUCUCCUUCCUUCCAUGCUCCAAUUCUCACUUUCCUACAACUUAACUCUCUUUCUUAAAUACUUUCAGUGUCAUUCUCAUGCUAUAGCUACAUAUACUGAUGGUUCCAGAUCUUUUGGUGUUGGUUAUGCUGUUGCUUUUCUAAAGGGAAUAAUUGCUGGAGUCAGAUAGUAUUUUCACAGCAGUUAUGUGCAAUUCUCACCACUGCCAUACACACACACACAUAUAUAUAUAUAUAUAUAUUUUUUUUUUUCAACAAACCGGCCGUAUCCCACCAAGGCAGGGUGGCCCAAAAAGAAAAAUGAAAGUUUCUCUUUUUAAAUUUAGUAAUUUAUACAGGAGAAGGGGUUACUAGGCCCUUGCUCCUGGCAUUUUAGUCGCCUCUUACAACGCAUGGCUUACGGAGGAAGAAUUCUGUUCCACGUCCCCAUGGAGAUAAGUGGAAAUAAACAAGAACAAGAACUAGAAAGAAAAUAAAAGAAAACCCAGAGAGGUGUGUAUAUAUAUGCUUGUACAUGUAUGUGUAGUGUGACCUAAGUGUAAGUAGAAGUAGCAAGAUGUACCUGAAAUCUUGCAUGUUUAAGAGAAAAAAGACACCAGCAAUCCUACCAUCAUGUAAAACAAUUACAGGAUUCCGUUUUACACUCACUUGGCAGGACGGUAGUACCUCCCUGGGCGGUUGCUGUCUACCAACCUACUACCUAUAAAAUAAAUAUAUAUAUAUAUAUAUAUAUAUAUAUAUAUAUAUAUGUAUAUAUAUUGUAUGUAUGUAUAUAUAUAUAUGCACCGUGAAAGAAUAGAGAAAUUCCAAGAGCUUUUGUGACUACUCACAAAUUUCUCUCUUCUUUCACAGUGGUUGUUUUGCAUAUUCUGAAAUCGCCUGUUUACUGUGAUCUUAUUGCACACACACACACACACCACACACACACACAUAUAUAUAUAUAUAUAUAUAUAUAUAUAUAUAUAUAUAUAUAUAUAUAUAUAUAUAUAUAUAUAUAUAAUCUGGGCUCCUGGACACACUGUUUAGGGCAAAGACUGGGCAGACUCGAUCACUUUCGUCUAUUCACAGCCUUCCGAUUUCCUUCACGUUUUAAUUUCUAAAUUUUUUAGUACUCCCUCAACAACUCUACAGCCUCUAGUAAUAACAUUGGUCCAUGUUGGAUCCCCACAAAUUGUUUUCUAUCAAACCACAGUUUGAAUUCUGACCUUCCUACUGCCGUCAGGUUUGGGAAACCACAUUUUCAUGCUUAUGAAUCGGACACGUGCAGCUCGCUCAUGGAUACCACAUAGAGAAAUGAUUAGCACCACUCUAUGAGGACUGCCAGGUCACUGUCACUUAUCUUAAUAGAUCAUACUAUCUUUCAUUGGGCAUGUAGGAUUCCCUUCCAUCAUCUACACCACCCUAAUGCACAAACUGAUGACCUUGCUGAAGGUCUCACCUUUCAUACAGGCUUUUUUGCUUUUUAACAAACUGACCUAUUGCAUGAUGCAUACAGGUUUGGAGCUUAAUGAUUGCAUUAUUAUUAAAAAAUCAAGUACCGAUGGGCUUGGGCAAUUGGAUAAGAGAAUUUCCAAUAUAGAUGGAGUCACCACAUGUAAGCAAAACCAUAAAGCAAGGGAAACCUGUAAUUUGAAGAAAAUCUGGAAAAUAGAAUGACAACUUUGUUUUUAACUCAGUAUAGAGUUAGCUGGAUUCAAUUAUAUAUAAAGACUUAAAUUAAAUGUUUUGAUUAUUUGGGCUUGUAAAAAGGUUUGUAGCUAUUAUAACUCAUUAGUGUCCUGUCAGCAAUAGCUAAUUCCAGUGGAAAAUGUGCAUUAAAAGUUACAUGUACGUACUGUAUUUAUUACAUAAUUAACAUUAUUGUAUACUGUACAUGACUCAUUUUACUAAAUAUUUGCUCCAGUCUGUGAUGUACAGUACCAUUUAUUUAAUAUAUAAACAAGCAAACACAUCUGUGCCUUAUUGUGACUGCAUGAUACAUUGAUAUAUCCACAUUCAUAAAUUCUGUUAUUAAUACAAAAAAUUAAGUGCAAAAGUUUUUUCUAACAUCCAAAAUUCAUUAAAUUUGUGCAUCAGAAAUGUACUAAAAAUGUCUUAUUGAAAAUAUGGGUAAUUUUUAUAAAAUAUAUUUGUAGUGUAUAUUUAAACACUGUAAUUGGAAUAAGAAAACCAGAAUACAGUACUUUAAAAAAAUCACUCUUAUUAUUGUAUAUUUUAAUUGAACUGUAUUUCAAUUUCUUUGACGUUCUCAGAUACUGUAUCAUGUAAUAUGCAUUUUACCCAGGCUGUUAUUAAAUAUUGUAAAUCUGAAAAUGUUUGGCAUUUUAUGUUAAUAAAAAUUAAACUGUUA